AUGGAAGAAAAAUACGCGCAAGAUGCGGAAAACCGGGAAAGCUCCAUGAAACUACGUACAAAGUGCAAAGAAAAAGCGCAAAGGGACUUGGCACUGCAACCCUCCUUGCUGUACGUAUGUAUCACGGACAAUGGAAGCCGCAUCAAUGUCACCCACACCGGCCCGGCUGGUACACUUGGUCGUCCCGUGCAAAUUUCCCGCCCGGCUUCGCAACUGUUAUUAUCUAAGCUGAAGAUGGUCUAG